AUGCUUAGAUCGCCGCUCAAUGCUUUGUUGAGGAGCCUCACAAGGCCCACGCCGCGCUCCACCCCGGGACUGUUGAUGCAACGCGCUGUGAGCAACGCCACUGCCAGCCAAACAAAGGCAUCAAAGGAACAACAUCAGCAUCGGAGACAAGAACAGCGAAAGAAUCCUGUAUUUCUGGCCUCGGCACUAUCUGCAACUGCAACUACCAUAGGUGGGACACUGCUAUACACAAUAGCCAGUCAUAAAACAGACAAGGACGAUGAAUCUCAAUAUGCAAGCCGAACAGAAAUGGAAUUGGCAGUCGAAGAGAUAAGAAAAGCACUUGGCGAAGAUGCAGUCAGUAUAGAAGACGAGAUUCUCCAUUCUCACGGUUACUCAGACUGGUCCACCAUCAAUAUCGACCGGCUGCCGGUAGCCGUCGCGUUUCCCACGACGACAGAGGAGGUAGCCACCAUUGCAAAGAUCUGCCACAAGAGACGCGUGCCGAUGAUUCCUUAUUCUGGCGGCUCCAGUGUUGAAGGCCAUUUCUCCGCGCCUUUUGGCGGCGUGAGUGUUGACUUUGUCAACAUGAACCAGAUUCUUGAAGUUCACAGCGACGAUCUGAAUGUUGUCGUUCAGCCUUCUGUUCCAUGGAUGGAGUUGAAUGAGAAGAUCAAAGACACGGGCCUAUUCUUCCCCAUUGAUCCGGGUCCUUCUGCCCAGAUUGGUGGUAUGGUUGGGACAAACUGCAGCGGGACCAACGCUGUCCAGUACGGCACCAUGAGAGACUGGGUAGUCAACCUCACAGUGGUAUUAAGCGACGGCACCAUCCUCAAGACCAGAAGGCGGCCAAGGAAGUCAUCAGCAGGCUACAGCCUCAACUCGUUGUUCGUGGGAUCAGAGGGUACCCUGGGUUUCGUCACCGAAGCCACGCUCAAGCUAGCUCCCAUCCCUGAGCACACGGGUAUCGCGGUAGUAACAUUCCCCUCAGUCAAAGCCGCAGCGACCAUGGCCAUCGAAGUCAUCCGUCGCGGCGUCCCCAUCAGCGCCGUCGAGAUCCUCGAUGAAGUCCUCAUGAGCGUCAUCAACAGGAUGGGCGCAACAUCUAUGAAGUGGAACGAGGUGCCGACGCUGUUCUUCAAGUUCAGCGGUAGUGAUGCUCUGGUCAAGGAUAGCAUUGCACAGGUCCAGAGUAUUUCCAAGAAGCAUCAUGCGAAUGGUUUCCAGUACGAGAGCGAUCCGCAUAAGCAGAAGGCUCUGUGGUCGGCUCGGAAAGAGGCGCUAUGGAGUAUGAUGGCACUUCGCGAGACGGAUGGACAUGUUUGGUCGACGGAUGUCGCUGUUCCUCUAUCCCGAGUAUCCGAGCUUAUCGACAUCUCCAAGAAAGAACUUGUCGAGCUAGGAUUAUUUGGUAGUAUUCUCGGACACAUCGGCGACGGCAACUUCCACGAGACAAUCCUGUUCGAGGAAAAGCAGCGCAAAGAGGUCGAGGACUGCGUUCACAAAAUGGUCUCACGAGCAAUUGAGAUGGACGGAACAUGCACAGGCGAGCAUGGUGUUGGACUUGGAAAGAAGGAGUUUCUUCAGGAGGAGGUUGGCGAUGUGCCGAUUCAAGUCAUGAGAGCUAUCAAGACUAGUCUGGAUCCGCUUUGGUUGAUGAACCCAGGAAAGAUCUUCGAUCGCAAAGACUAGACAAUAGAGGGACUUCAUCGUGAUCUG